UCCUAGCGGCGGCGCAUGCGCAGUGUCGGCGGGGCGCUGAGGGGAGCUCAAGGAGAGCGGCGCCGCCAUGCCCGGCACCGUGGAGGUGCCCUCCCUGGAGGAGCUCGAUGUGCAGGAGGUGACGGUCAGCUCGGCCGUGCUGAAGGCCGCGGCCCACCACUAUGGCUCGCAGUGCGACCGGCCCAACAAGGAGUUCAUGCUGUGCCGCUGGGAGGAGAAGGACCCGCGGAAAUGCCUGAGGGAGGGCCGGCAGGUCAACCAGUGCGCGCUCGACUUCUUCAGGAAGAUUAAAGUACACUGUGCAGAGCCAUUUACUGAGUACUGGACAUGCAUUGACUAUAGCAACUUGCAGGAGCUCCGUCGAUGCCGAAAGCAGCAGGCAGUGUUUGAUAACUGUGUGCUAGAGAAGUUGGGCUGGGUGAGACCUGAUCUGGGACAGCUCUCUAAGGUCACAAAAGUGAAGACAGACCGACCUAUCCCUGAGAAUGCCUAUCAUUCUAGACCUAGGCCAGAGCCCAAUCCACCUGUUGAAGGAGAGCUGAAGCCUUCUCCUUUUGGCAGUAGGCUUUUUUUCUGGACGUGGUAAAGUGGGCAGGCUGUGCCAUAACUGAAAUGCAAAGGUACAUUGAUUGCAAAUGUAAAUUGUCCAGUACAUGUUGAGUAUGACUUUAACUUUCAUGAUUAAAGAUUAAAAAAAAAAAAAAAAAAGUUAUGUGACUUAGCAGACUUUCUUUAAACACACAUGUCUGUAUUUCUUAGCUGCUAUGAUGUGUGAGUAUCUCCACUUUGCUCUGUGUUCUCUGUAUCCCACGGUCCUGGGGGCCAUCUUAAUGCCAGCUGUGAUGGUUGCUCGAUGGUGGCUGCCAGCCCAUGUCUGAGAUGUGUAUAAAUAUAGUUUACAUCUUUGCUGCUUCAAGUGAUCAAAAAACAGUGUGAGAACCCUGUCAUUUGCAUCAAGUAAACUUGGAAAGCUAACAAGACAUUAAUGUCUUCCUGUACAAUCUUGCAACCAGUAAUUGUGCAGAUUUUUACCCAGGACCUGUCUAGGAGCAAGCUUUUAGUCUGAAUUGGUGGCUCUGAUGGGUGUGAGAUCAGUACUGCUUUCGAUAACAGGAUCCUUCCCAUUACCAGCUACUUAAACCUCGUGCCAGGUUUGUUGGUUACUUUUGUUUGUUUUUGUUAAUGGGGAAUGCAAACUACUUCAUCAGCAAAAUCACAGUGAAUCAACUCCUUUAAGGCUGUCUUCUAAAGGACCUUGUUCUGUUAAGCGGUUUAAGAAGGUCCCUCAUCUUCUGAUGACCUGGCAUGGGGCUUGGGCAGCGUUGUCUCACUGAUUCUUUCUGAUAGAGGAGUAUGGCAGCUUUCUCCAACUAACUUUUCUGCAGUAUCCAAUCUUAUAUUUCAUCAGUCUAGUCUUUCCUGUGCUCUUCUCCUCCAAUGACAAGAACUGUAUCACAAAGGUCAGAAAAAACAAAUGGACUUGUCUUCAUAAAGCUGUGUGCAGUUCAGUUUGACCUGGGCCAAAUUGUGUAGUCUGAACCAUAGCAAAGACUUGAACAGUACUUUACUCCUUGAGCAGACUAACAGUGAAAUCGGGAUCUGAAGAUUUAAUAUCUCUUUCUUUGGGGUAGGAUUAAGCUUAAUGUGUCUGUAGCUGAAGCAUGGAUCCACGGAGCUAGAGGAAAAAUUAUAUAAGCUUUAUCUAAAAAUAGCUUGUGUAUGGUGUGCCUGAUGGAUUCCUGCUGGUUUCUAUUUGGGUAUGUAGACUGAGACUCAGAAGGCAGGUGCUGUGGCAUACAUGUUUGCAUUUUAAUGUACAUAUCAUGCUGUCUUAACAUCUACGUGUCUAAACCUUUGCAGUUUUUCCUUACAGGUGACUGCCGUUAUUUCAGAGCAGCCAUAUAUUACUGAAGAAAAAUAACUUCUUUUCCCCAGAGAUUGAAAUUAGAGGAAGUUUGAGGUCUAAUUGCAUUGAUCUGUAGUAUCAUCAAGUAGAAGAUGCAUGUUCCUGUGAUGUUAACAUGUAUUGCAUCUAAUCUUGUUGACCCAUUCCAUUACUUGGGCAACCUUACAAAAAUAUAUUUUAUAUAUUAGCAAGACAUAGUAAGUAAUAGCUUUAAAUUGUCAGCAUAUUGUAUGAAACAUUUUGGAACUGAACAUUUGCUUUUGAGUGGACAUCCUGUAGUCAGCUCCUGAUCAUAGUUAGAGGUUUAGGUGGUUUUUUUUUUCCCUGUUAAAUUCAUUCUGAAAAGAAUGACAUUGGUAAGUAGGUGGGGGGGAUGUGUUUAAAAAUCCCAUGCUUACAUUGGCUAGUACUGUAUGGGGGGGGGAAGUACUGUAAGUGGGGGGAAAAAAGAUUGAAGCUGUAACCCCAACAGUUUAAGUCUAGGCAUCUCUCCUGCCAGCUGAAUCUCCUAUGUUUUGGAUUGCAGGCUGUUGAUCCUGUAGUUAUCUGUUGGCCUUGUUUAAAAGUCAGAAUUAACUGCUUUCUUAGAUUCCCAGUUGAGUUUCAUGCAGGAGUGGGAAGGUGAAUUUACAAAGAGUACAGCAGAGGAGGAUAAUGAAGUGAUCGUAAAGUCAAGUGCAAUUCAGCUGCACUGUGGGCACUUCUUCCAUUAACUUCUUUGAGGUAAUUAGUUCAUGGAUUUUAUCUCUUGGCUGAAUCUCUGCAAGAAGUCUUGCCAGAGAUCUGUUUCUUGGUGCUUUGGACAGUGCCUGCAUGUAGCUAUUUCUGUUGAGAGUUGUUGUGUGGCUUUACUCAAAUGUAGAUUGUCCCUUUGGAGCUGUAAUGUUUUUUUGGAAACUUUAGAACAAGUGAAUGUCAAGAUUGAGUAAAGACCAUAAAACUGUUUUUGAGGAAUGUAUCGUGACGUUUUUUUGGCAGAUGGAGAGCAAAUGCACGCAGAUUCAAUGCAGAUAUUUUACUGGCAAUGUGAGAAAUGUUAUUUGUUAUGCUGUAGGCUCUAAGCUCUGCCAGAGCUUUUAAUCGUGUGUGAAAUUAAUAGAACUUCAAGCCAAAGUGAUGGCAGUCUGCCCCGUGCCGUGGUCUGCAUUGGGCAGAAAGCAGUCCCUUUCAGUGUGGAUGGAAAGAGAAAAAUCCUAGUGCAAUUUCUAGUCUUUGGAAGGGAGGGGUGUGCUUACUGUGAGGUACCAGCAUCACGACAUUGUUCCAAAGGGAAAGCACCCUGCAAGGUAUGUCUGGCAGCUUGAUAUCCCUGCUUCCACAUGGUUCUGCUCCUUUCCCAGGGUGGAAGAGCUGGAGAUGUCUUGGUAGCAGGAAUGAGGGGAGUGCAGCAAUAAGACCCUCUUGGCUUACAGCCACCGAACUGUUCAUCUGAGAAAGCAGUGGGAAGGAAUUGAUUUUUAAUAACCUCUCCUGCCUGUUUAAUAAUUCUAUUGUGUGUCACUCAUUCUUUUUAAAACAAAAAGACAACAAACAGACUUCUAGGAUUCAAUUUAGGUUGAACUAGCCUCUCAGACAUUUGUGAGCUUGAGAUUUGCUAGGACAAAAGCCUUGCAUGUAUUAUUCCUCUGGCUUCUGUUGUUUCUACAAUGGAGCCAUGAUAGCUGAGGAAUUUUCUCUUUUUGCCCAUUCAUAAGUAGAGAAAAUGCUUCAAAGGUUUUGAAGAAUCUUCAUCAUCAGAAUAAGGAUAUUUCUGUGAAAGCAGAGAGCAAACUGGGAGUUCACAGUAACUUUGUUUUUUGAAGGCUUGCUCCUGCACUAAACGUUUUGAAAGUAGAAUCUAUCUGGAUAUUAAUAAGAGAUUUAAGACUCCCUCUUGUGGCUGCUUCAAGCUGAUCUUUGGGUAUUUGUAUGGAGAUCUUGUUAUCAUGGAAGUCCUAAGGCUAGCUCAGUAUUGCUGAUAGUAACUUGAUUAAAUAUUCUUUUUGUUACAAAAUUCACUUAAGCAUUGCUUCAACUAUCUUUUUUUUUUUUUUU